GGCGGGAGGUGGCCGGCAGCGCGCGGCUUGUGACUGCCUCCUCCUCGGCGUGAGCACCAGGUCUGGACGCAUCCAGCGCAGCCAUGUUCUCUGAGCAGGCUGCCCAGAGGGCCCAUACUCUGCUCUCCCCGCCGUCAGCCAGCAAUGCCACCUUCGCCCGCGUGCCUGUGUCCACGUACACCAACUCCUCGCAGCCCUUCCGGCUGGGGGAGCGCAGCUUCAGCCGGCAGUAUGCCCACAUUUAUGCCACCCGCCUCAUCCAAAUGAGGCCCUUCCUGGUGAGCCGGGCCAAACAGCACUGGGGUGCUGGAGUCCAAAUAAAGAAGCUGUGUGAGCUACAGCCCGGGGAGAAGUGCUGUGUGGUGGGGACCCUGUUCAAGGCCAUGCCGCUCCAGCCAUCCAUCCUGCGGGAGAUCAGCGAAGAGCACAACCUACUCCCCCAGCCCCCACGGAGCAAAUACAUCCAUCCGGACGACGAGCUGGUCUUGGAAGAUGAACUGCAGCGCAUCAAACUGGAAGGCACCAUUGAUGUGUGCAAGCUGGUCACAGGGACGGUCCUGGCCGUGCUCGGCUCUGUGAGAGACACUGGGAAGUUUCUGGUGGAGGACCACUGCUUUGCAGAGCUUGCUCCUCAGGAGCCCGCACCCUGCCUUGACACAGACAGGUUUGUGCUGCUGGUGUCUGGCCUGGGCCUGGGUGGAGGUGGGGGCGAGAGCCUGCUGGGCACCCAGCUGCUGGUGGAUGUGGUGACCGGGCAGCUGGGGGACGAGGGGGAGCAGUGCAGUGCCGCACACGUGUCCCGGGUCAUCCUGGCCGGGAACCUCCUGAGCCACAACACCCAGAGCAGAGACUCCAUCAACAAGGCCAAGUACUUAACCAAGAAAACCCAGGCAGCCAGCGUGGAGGCCGUCAAGAUGCUGGAUGAGAUCCUCCUGCAGCUGAGUGCCUCGGUACCCGUGGAUGUGAUGCCAGGAGAAUUUGACCCAACCAACUACACACUCCCCCAGCAGCCCCUGCACCCCUGCAUGUUCCCGCUGGCCACUGCCUACUCAACCCUCCAGCUGGUCACCAACCCCUACCAGGCCACCAUUGAUGGAGUCAGAUUCCUAGGGACAUCAGGACAGAAUGUGAGCGACAUUUUCCGGUACAGCAGCAUGGAGGACCACCUGGAGAUACUGGAGUGGACGCUGCGCAUCCGUCACAUCAGCCCCACAGCCCCCGACACACUAGGUUGCUACCCCUUCUACAAGACAGACCCGUUCAUCUUUCCCGAGUGUCCUCAUGUCUACUUUUGUGGGAACACCCCCAGCUUUGGCUCUAAAAUCUUCCGAGGCCCAGAGGACCAGAGGGUGCUGCUGGUGGCUGUCCCUGACUUCAGCAGCACGCAGACCGCCUGUCUCGUGAAUCUGCGCAGCCUGGCCUGCCAGCCCAUCAGCUUCUCAGGCUUCGGAGCUGAGGAGGAGGACCUGGGGGGCCUGGGUCUGGACCCCUGA